UUAGUAUUAUAUUAUAAUUUGUUUUUUAAAAUAUUGACCGUGCUUUAAGCACGGGAUAUAUCCUAGUACAUAUAUUAAACAAGUUAUUUUGCUACCGUGCAAUACCAAUAGGGAUUUUCUUGGGCCUCCUAAUCCCUAUCCACUUUUCAAAAAGACAAAAUACACUCCUAUGAGUUGUUUGGGGAUAAUGUUAGGCCCAAAAUAUUAGACUUAGUCUGCGUGGACUCCUCACAGGUCUUCUAAUUUUGUUUUUUUUUUGGUUAACGUCUCUGCAAGCGUCAUGUCUGAAACGUUGACUUCUAAAAAAGGUUGUGCAAAAGCUUCUUUCCUCCGGAGAUCAUCUUCUCUCUUUAUUCCUAUGACUUAUCUGGUUUGUUUCUAUAUGAGUCUCUCUCUGAUGCAUAGUUGAGGAUGGAUCAGAACGAAGGUGAUGAUGCCCUUGUAAAUUCCAUCAAAGCAAAGUUGGAAUCCUUGUCUUCUCUUUCAGCUCAGUGUAGUAUCUACAAAGUACCCAAUAAACUCCGCAAGCUCAAUCCUGAUGCAUAUACGCCUCGACUUGUGUCCUUUGGCCCAUUUCAUCGCGGUAAAGAAGAGCUUCAAGCCAUGGAAGAGCAUAAAUAUAGGUACUUAAAGAGCUUUAUCCCUAGAACAAACUUCAGUCUAGAGGACCUUGUUAGAAUUGCAAGAACAUGGGAACAACAUGCUCGUAAUUGUUAUGCAGAGGAUGUGAGACUUACCACAGAUGAGUUUGUGGUGAUGUUAGUUGUAGAUGGAAGCUUCUUGGUUGAACUUCUUUUGAGGUUUCGUAAUCCUCUGCUUAGAGAUGAGAAUGAUCGCAUAUUUGGGAAGCCAAUGAUGAUCACCGACGUGUGUCGUGACAUGCUUUUGAUAGAGAAUCAGUUACCCUUUUUCGUCGUAAAAGGUUUUUUCCUUCUCUUGUACUACCAACAAGGUACACCUUCAAUCAUGGAGAUGGUUCAAUGCCACUUCAGUUGUUUCUUGAGCAACAUUGAUGACAAGAAGUUUAUUUCAGAGCCAGAGCAUUUUGUUGAUCUUCUGAGGUCUUGUUAUCUGCCACUAGUUCCGAUCAGGUUAGAAGAAACCACAUUAAAUGUUGACAAUGCACCUGAAGCAACAGAGCUUCACACUGCUGGUGUUAGGUUCAAGCCAGCAGAGACAAGCAGCUGUUUACUUGACAUUACCUUUGUUGAUGGACUACUCAAGAUUCCUACCGUUUUUAUUGAUGAUCUCACGGAAUCACUCUACAGAAACAUUAUCGUGUUUGAACAAUGUCAUUGCUCAGACAAGAACUUUCUCCACUACACUACGCUGCUCGGUUGCUUCAUUAAAUCCCCUACAGAUGCUGAAUUGCUCAUCCGUAGUGGCGUACUCGUGAACAAUCUUGGGAAUGCAGAAGAUGUUUCAAAGUUGUUUAAUAGCAUCUGCAAAGAGGUCGUCUUCGGUAGAAGAUUUUACUUUUCGACACUCUCUGAGAACCUACAAGCUUACUGCAACACACCAUGGAACAGGUGGAAGGCGAUACUGAGACGUGACUAUUUCCAAAAUCCUUGGUCAGUUGUAUCUGUUUUCGCUGCUAUACUUCUUAUCAUUCUCACUUUCAUACAGGCUGUAUGCUCUAUCUUGGCUCUGUAAAAGUCUUUUGGAACAUCACUUGGAUCAUGGAAACAACAUUUUGUCAUAUGAAUAAAUAUUUUUUAACUGGUU